AUGCAGUCAGAAGGGGAGAAAACAAAAACAACAACAAAAAAAGCGAGGACAGGGCUUCGCCCAAACCCUCCCCGAGGAAAAGAGAAGCCCUCCUCGAGGAAGGGCGCCGGGGAGAAGGGAGCCGCCGCCCGCCUGGGGCUGCGUUACUGGCACCCCUGCUGUAAGUUACUUGUUCAUUUUACUGUGCAAAAGACGGACCUCUCUUGUGCGCUGAAGAACAGUGUCUGCCUUAACUCACCUGAGCAGUUUUCAGAUGUUUACCGAGCCCGUCAUGGUUCUUUUCCUGUUUCACCACUUGCUGAUUGGAAGCCUAAAGAAGAACUCAGUUCUUUAAAGGCUGUUACUGAAUCGUUGCACACACUUGUGUACCUGCUCGAACAGGAUUUUCCAGGCAUGCGCAUUGGUCCAGAGCCUACUACAGAUUCUUUUAUUGCUGUGAUGUAUGGAGAUUCAGAAGGAAGUGUUCCUGGAAAUGCCCUGGUUGUUGAUCCUAAGAAGCCGUUCCGCAAACUCAGUCGCUUUGGAAAUGCUUUUCUGAACAGGUUUAUGUGUUCUCAAUUACCCAACCAGGUUCUGAAGAGCAUCAGUAUCAUUGACAGCCCAGGCAUUCUCUCUGGAGAGAAACAGCGCAUCAGCAGAGGUUAUGACUUCUGUCAAGUCCUCCAAUGGUUUGCUGAAAGGGUUGACCGUAUCAUCCUGCUUUUUGAUGCCCAUAAGCUGGAUAUAUCUGAUGAAUUUUCAGAGGCUAUUAAGUCAUUCCGGGGCCAGGACGACAAGAUUCGAGUGGUGCUCAAUAAGGCUGACCAAGUAGACACGCAGCAGCUGAUGAGAGUCUAUGGUGCGCUCAUGUGGUCCCUGGGAAAGGUGAUCAACACUCCAGAGGUGCUGCGAGUCUACAUUGGCUCCUUCUGGGCCCAUCCCCUUCAAAACACAGAGAAUCGAAGACUCUUUGAGGCAGAGGCACAGGAUCUUUUCAAGGACAUCCAGAGUCUCCCGCAAAAGGCUGCUGUGCGGAAACUCAAUGAUCUCAUAAAGAGAGCAAGACUUGCAAAGGUCCAUGCUUAUAUCAUCAGCUACCUGAAGAAAGAAAUGCCAUCAGUAUUUGGAAAAGAGAACAAGAAGAAGGAACUGAUCAGCAGGUUACCAGAGAUCUAUACCCAACUGCAAAGAGAAUACCAUAUCUCAGCAGGAGAUUUCCCUGAGGUCCAGAAAAUGCAGGAGCUGCUGGAGAAUUGUGACUUCACUAAAUUUCACUCUUUGAAACCAAAGCUAAUUGAAGCUGUGGAUAAUAUGCUGGCCAAUAAAAUUGCCUCCCUGAUGAGCCUAAUCAGACAGGAAGAGAGCAAUAUGCCCACCCAAAUGGUGCAUGGUGGGGCAUUUGAUGGAACCAUGGCAGGACCCUUUGGCCAUGGAUAUGGAGAAGGUGCCAAGGAAGGAGCUGAUGAAGAGGAAUGGGUUGUUGCCAAAGAUAAACCAGCUUAUGAUGAGAUUUUCUACACUCUGUCACCAAUCAAUGGGAAAAUAUCUGGGAUCAGUGCAAAGAAGGAGAUGGUGACUUCCAAACUGCCUAACAGUGUCUUGGGGAAGAUCUGGAAACUUGCUGACUGUGAUGGCGAUGGAAUGUUGGAUGAUGAAGAGUUUGCAUUGGCAAAGCAUCUCAUCAAGAUUAAACUGGAUGGAUAUGAACUGCCUGGUACAUUACCUCCCCAUCUGGUGCCACCAUCCCACAGGAAACCUCUGCAGAUAGCAGAGUGAUAAUUCUGGGGAGAAGAAUAGGAAUUUGGGAUAUCAAAUGUGUUUAACCCACCAAAGCUGGAAAUUAGGCUUAGAUCCUUAAACACAUUCCACGCAAGUUGCUGACAUUAGAAGCAAAGUAGCAGGAAAACAUUUGUGUAAAACUUGCUGCUGACCUUCACGGAGACAUGCUUAUGACAAGUGCCUUGUAUAGAUUUAUCACAAUGUGUGAUGUAAGGUGAAAAGGUUUUCAUAGUCUUGCUUCCAUGUUGUUGCCUCUACAGCCAUAGAGC